GCCUUUGAAGAUUAUUUCAGGUUUGCAUAACAUUUAUGAAAAGGCAUAUAUGUUUAAAACACAAAAUUCUCAACUUACGUAUUUUUUAAAAAAAUAAUUGUUCUAAGCUUUAUGGAAAAUGCCAAAAGUAUACCGAUUAAUCCAAAUGCCUAUUACCUCGCCAACUCGGUCUCGAAUGUGUUGUACAACCUUGAGAAAGUCGAUCAGAGAACUUUAGCCUGGCCGAAGUCUCCGGAACACUCAAAACCCGGUCGAAGGGUAAAAAAAAAACCAAAAUCGACAACAUCCAUUGAGGUACCAUUCACCCAUAGACCAUCUUUUUUGAUGAAUAGACCUGCAGGUGGCAAAUCCCAAACCGAUCAAUGGGCCGCAAAAAAAAGUAAGUUUUACAAAAUUAUACGUGACAGCCAGAUGCCGGAUUCGCAUCGAAAUAAUCGAAAAGUGGAACGGGAUUACGAUGAAGAUAGUCUCUACAGUGAUAUAUCCUCCAUUCUCGAAUCUCAUUUGGACCAACAGGGUCGAUUCAAAAACAAAAAUAAUUUCAAUGAAUCGAACUCGCCCCCGAUUACCCAACGCCUCGAAAGAGAGAUAUAUAAAGUUCGGAUGCUAGAUCCUGAUAAGUCAGAGUUUGAUUUUAGAAAAAAUAAAAAGAUGCAUGGGUCGAAUACCAGUCUUACAUUGCAAAUGUAUCCACUUCGAUCGACGGCUCCCGAAAAUCCUGAUAUGGAAGUUAAAAGUACAAAGCAGAAUCUUCCAAAAACCAGACUUCCAAUGGGCGACCCCAAAAAGGGUUCGGCGAAACUUCACUUCAUGGAUCUCUAUAAAGUCCGGCAGAAAAUUACAGAGCCCAACAAAAAAAAGGCCACUGCCAAGGGUAAAAAACAGAAAAAAUAUAUCGUUAGGAAAAAUGGUAAAAGAGGUACCACUUGUGAUUUGGCGGAAGUGUUUCGUCCUACUCGCAUGUCGCAGAGAGGUUCCUUUAAAAAAUUAUCGACGUCGGGAUACAUGUCAGGUUAUGUAAGCGCCAGGCGAUCAGAAGCCAAUGCGGUGGACAAUCGGCCGGCAUAUAUGGUUAUACUGGACGAUCAAAAUUUACGCAAUAACGCUCCUCUACUUCGGUUAACCGCCGAAAGGAAUCGUCGUCGCUUAUCAAAAUUGAGCACGGCUUCUAUGAGCCCCCUGGAGGACUUUUCCGAGAGGUUGUUGAAACUGAAGCGGCUUCUGAGCAGGUCUUCUGACAGUACUGAGGACUGGCGAUAUGAAUCCUCGUCCCUGGCCAUCGAUGGCAUAGCCGAUCACGACCUUCUACUCUUCCCGUAUCCGGAAAUAUUUCACAAAGAGGGGAGUUCGGAAAGUAAACGGAGAGAGGAAGCAUCGCACCAGCACCCGGAGAUCCCAACUCCCAUACGAGAGAUGCGAUUGGAGGAGAAACCGCCGAAGCCGGAGUUGGAAACAAAAAAGAAAAAAGAUUGUUGCUCCAUGUGCAAACUGAUCCAUCCCAAGGAGCCGGAGAAGGAGGCUCCCUUUCUGCAGGAGAUGAGAAAGGAGCAGGCCCGCCAGGAGUUGCUCGCCUAUGCGGCGAAUAGAUCAAAGAGCCUGAAGACCCCCGUGACGGAAAAAGCCACAGUACAUAAUCUGGACAUACACGACAUUCAAUAUCAAUCGUAUUUCAAGCUGGAGGAUAGGGACAUUCACUUUGAAAGGGCCAAGCCCCUUUGCAAGAAGCCUUUUCAAAACAAUUUAUUCAAAAUGAGCAGGCCCCGAAUUUGUUUUGGAGAAAUUGAUUUGAAUAGAGCUUCUCAGACCAGGGACAAUAAUUGUGACCAGAAUAUUUAACAUAUAAACAAAUAAUAAUUAAAGACAAACAAUUAGUAUAUAACUAUA